AUGCCAACCACAUGCUGCACUACCUCAUCGCCAGUAUGUCGAUCACCACCGCCUGAGAAGACUUUUUCCAAAUCCCUAAACCAUAAACUCGACUAUAAUUUGGAAUGGUGUGAGACCCGCAAGCCAGCAGUAGAAGGAGGCAUUAGAAUUAAUUGCAAUGCCUAUUUUAAGCAACCCAAUGCACGUGCAUCUUGUAGGACUGCGGAAAAAGAGUUUAAACCGGAUGUGAAGAAGUGUCAGAAAUCGGGACAUAGGAGGUUUCUGAAGCAUAUCAUUGCUACCUACCAGAAAGCAUAA